AUGUUGUCUCUUGAAAAGUUUUCUCUCUUCCUGACCGACCUGGAACUGCUUGACGGGUUUCCGUGGAAGAGUAUGCCCAAUCUAGUUUAUCUGCAAUUGCAGAUGAACAAAAGUCCUGUGCUGCUGGAGAGCACAUACCUACCCCGGCUCGAGAAACUUUUGCAGCUGAUAUUAAUCAAUCGUCGGAGUGCCUUUCAAUACAUUGGAGUCGACAGUAUGGUAACCUCCUUGGAUAUGAAGAACAUCCGCACGUUUGCCGACUCCUUUAUUGAUGACCGCGUGCAGCGGACCCUUGCCAUAUUUGAAUCGUUUGACGACCACCUUAGUGGAUAUGGCCAGCCGCAAAGCUGUUUUCUCAUGUGGGCGUUCAAUGAACUGCGCCAAGAAAGAUACAAACGCGUCAUGUGCUUCUGUCACCCGCCUGCGGAGGGUGUGGCUGGCUUGGUCAACGCCUCGCAUUGCCCUUACCUGCAGCCCAUUCCUUGCCGGGAGGACAACAGCACGUUCUUCUUCUCGACCCAGUUAUGCAACGGUGUACCCAACUGUCCAGCUGGAAGUGAUGAACAGUAUUGUUCUGGAGUCAUCAGCAUGAAAACUGCCAAUACGCUCGAUUGCUAUGCUAUGAUGGUACUCAACGUCACCAAUGGCACCGUUGUUCUGUCCCCUAUGGCUGAAGAAACACCGGAAAACCGCUGCGUGACAGGGUAUGGUGUCAUGCGAGACUACGAUGCCGUCGAAGCUGUCUUUGGCACAAACAUUUUUCGUAUUAUGCGCAACACACUGAAUGGUCGCUUGGAAAGCAUGGUCAACUUUCUCUUGGUGCAAGAUGCAAUGGAGGUCCAACUCCUAUCUCCAACAGUUGUGGUUGACGGCACCCUGUUUGGUGAAGUUGGACAGCCGAACCAAACCAUGCAUGCCAUCCUUGUGAACGAUGCACAGUAUCUGGCCCAGUUCAAAGAGCGGUAUCCAGGAACAGCCCCGAUAUCACCCACAAUCUCGACAACUCGGGCCAGCUCGACGUCCACUGCGGGGACCCGUGCCCGUGCUUCACACCGUGAAUCGCCCGCUCGCCUUGUCCUUGGCGCGUCUGUGGGCGCAGUGGCGAUGGUUCUUGCAAUCUUGCUGGCGGUGUGGUUUUGGCGCCGGGGCCACAAUCAGGCGCAGGCCUCCGAGCAACUUGUCAUUGGAGUCAUGGAAGCAGCCAGCAAGGACUAUCGGGCACGCUUUCCUCACUUGCAGGCCGAACCGGUGCAGUUUUAUGAUCAGCGGCAGCUACAGUGUCGCACCCUAGCCAGCACGGGCAAUUUUAGCCAGGUGUACCAGGUGGCGCAGGGCAUGUCAUUUCUGGCAAGUGCUGGCAUUGUGCAUCGUGAUUUGGCUGCACGAAACGUGCUCGUCUUCUCCGCUGCGCCCAUUCAUUGCAAGCUGGCAGACCUUGGUUGCGCAGUGUCCCGCGUUGUAGCGCAGACCGACUACUACAAGAGUAGCCAAAUCAAUGAGCUGCCACUGCGGUUCGUCCAGUGUGCCAGGCAGCAUAGACGCUUCGUUGUGAGCCUGUGCAUCGUGCGCUGA